CCAGCUCUCCUCGCCGCCAGCAUGAGACCGUCUGCAGUACGCUUGCUCAACAUCCUCGUUCCUAUAAAGCGGACAGUCGACUAUGCGGUCAAGAUCCGGGUGAACCCUGACCAGAAGGGCGUCGACUUGAAUGUCAAGCACUCCAUGAACCCGUUCGAUGAAAUUGCGGUCGAGGAAGCCGUGCGGCUCCGCGAGAAGCUGAAGGACGAGGUGAAGAGCAUCAAGGUCGUCACCAUCGGCCCUCCCAAGGCGGCCGAAACACUGCGCACCGCGCUCGCGAUGGGCGCGGACGCGGGCAUCCACAUCGAGGUGCCCGACGGCGCGGCGGCGCCCGAGCCGCUCGGGGUCGCGAAGGCGCUGCGCGCGGUCAUCCGGCGCGAGAAGGACAGCGUGGACCUGGUGAUCAUGGGCAAGCAGGCGAUCGACGACGACGCGGGGCAGACGGGCCAGAUGCUCGCGGGCCUCAUGGACUGGGCGCAGGCGACGUUCGCGAGCAAGCUCGUGGUGGACCCGAAGGCGAAGGAGGCGUCGGUCACGCGGGAGAUUGACGGUGGGCUGGAGGAGCUGAAGUGCCGUCUACCAUUGGUUGUCACGACCGACCUACGGUUAAACGAGCCCCGGUAUGCUUCAUUGCCGAAUAUCAUGAAGGCGAAAAAGAAGCCCAUCCAGAAGCUCACCCCGGGCGAGCUCGAAGUCGACCUCGCACCAAUUCUCGAGACUCUCAAGGUUGCAGAACCACCAAAGCGCGUUGGAGGAGCGAAGGUCGAGAAUGUGGACGAGCUCAUUGCAAAGCUCAAGGAGGCUGGAAUUACCGCAGUCAAGGCAUAGUCUUAAUGUGCCACCCACACGAUGUAGAUUUCUGCUAUGCAAACGCGCAACAGCGUGAAGUAAUCCUCCAAUUCAUCCGGGAGCUUCUAAAGCUCGAGGUCGUACAAUACGUCACUGUAAGGCAUAAUAGCAACAUAAUGGAUAUCGUCUCAAAAGGCGUCAGCAACUAGAGGGGGGAGAUAAAGUAACCAUCCGAAAGCAAAUCAAGCGUCCAUAACCACGGGGCCCAACCAUCUCCGUCGGUGGCGGACAACGUGUGAUUUCUCUCCACGCGGGGGGCCAUCACGAGAGAAUUGCCAAGAGGACCACGCAGACGACAACGACUAGGACGAGCAUGAGGCAGAGGGCGCGCCGGCCUGCCCGCCGCUGAUACUCGUGUGCGGUGGUGAGCUCUUCCGCGGCGCCGGCGGUGUCAACCGCUAUCGAGGAGAUGUUGGACUCGAUGUUGUCGAUCAUGCCGCCCUGCUCCUGCACGAGCGUGCCGAGGUCACGGAAAAUCUCAUGAAGCUCGUGAAUUCCAGUUUCAAUCUCCCGAAUCUCGGCCUCCCGUUCCUGGAUCAUGGACUCUUGGAAGACAAGCUCCUGUGGUGAAAGCUGCGUCUGUAGAAUCUGGGCUUGGCGCUGCGAAGGUGUGGGACUUGACGCUCGCUCAAGGUCAUGUGUUGCGGCCUCCUCCUCUUCAACAGCAAGCUUGACACCUGCGACCACCGUCCGUUGCCGCUCAAUGCUGACCUGCUGCGCACGCUGGAACGCGACAAGCGAGAGCUGGAAGUCGUGCGAAGUCUUCUGCAAUGACGUCUUGUACCGCGGCAGUACCGCCUGCAUGGCUGCGAGCUUCUUCAGGUCGUCCGAGCCACGCUUGGCCAUCUGCCGCGUUGACUCCGUGAGGUCAUGGAGAGAUUUGCGGAGCGUAGCAGAGUCCCUCGCCGUCCCGAGUUGGUCGACCAGCUUCAGGAUACCCUGCACAUUGGAGUUGAUCUUGAAGACCUGGAGCGAGAGCGACGACUGAAGCCCUAGAAAGGCUGUUUCCUCGGGGGACUGGGGCACGCCGGAGCCUGGAGAGAGGGGGCGCUGCGCAAGACCUGAUUCGAUAUCUUGGAAACUCAUGGCUGCGAGGGUGGUGGUAGAG